UCGGAAUCAGAACUUCCCCAACGUUCUACCAAGUCAAAGUAUUUCUCAACAUGAACUCCUACUUCGUGAUCGCUUUGAGUGCUCUGUUUGUGGCUCUGGCUGUCGGAUCGUCCCUUAAUCUGAGCGAUGAGCAGAAGGAGCUGGCCAAGCAGCAUCGUGAGCAGUGCUCCGACGAAGUGAACCUUACCGAGGAGGAAAGGGCCAAGGUCAAUGCCAAGGACUUCAAGAACCCCACCGAGAACAUCAAGUGCUUUGCCAACUGCUUCUUCGAGAAGGUCGGAACCCUGAAGGACGGUGAGCUGCAGGAGUCCGUGGUCCUGGAGAAGCUCGGCGCUCUCAUUGGCGAGGAGAAGACCAAGGCGGCUCUGGAGAAGUGCAGGUAUAUCAAGGGCGAGAACAAGUGUGAUACCGCCUCCAAGUUGCACGAAUGCUUCGAGAGCUUCAAGCCCGCCCCCGAGGCUAAGGCCUAAAGAAGUUAGGAACUUAAUGCUUGGCAAAUUGUGAUUCGGGAAAAAUUGUAACAAAAUUUAAAUAAAUUCUUUGUCAAAUGAAA